AUGUGCGAUAUCAAGGCAAUUCCAUGGCGUUUGCUCCAGUUCUCCGCCGCUUCCGCCACUAAGAACCUCUUUUCUCUAUCGAGACUCUCCCUUGGCUCUUCUCCCUCCGUUAGAUCUCUGCAAAUAGGAGCCUCCGGCGGCGAUGCUCGUCAACCUCCUCCGUCUCUAUCUCCGCUUACCACCGCUGGGUAUCACGUGAGCUCCGGUGGAUACAUGCGUGGAGCUGUGUAUCGCGAGCCAAAUCAGCCUCUAACCAUCGAAGAGUUUCACAUUCCCCAACCCAAUGUGAAUAAGAUUCUCAUCAAAAUCAAAGCUUGUGGAGUAUGCCACUUUGAUCUUCAUGUGAUGAAAGGAGAGAUACCAUUCUCUAGUCCUCGUGUUAUUGGUCAUGAGAUUACUGGUGAAGUUGUUGAACAUGGUCCACUAACUGAUCACAAGAUCAUCAAAAGGUUCCUUUAA